GGGAGGGAUUGGAACAUAUGAUGUGCAUCAUGUUGAUCUGUGAUUGCAUUCUCAGACCAAUGUUGACGACUUCAUGAUUCAGGUGGAGGGAUGAGUCUCUCCCCUGUGAUUGGCACAGAAGUGCCAGAAACAGCUAACGGGGAUGUGACACCCAUCUCUUCAGAGAACGGCCCUCACGUGCCGGUCCCGGUGAAAUGUGGGGGGAGCAGAGUGCCCUGUCCUGGGGAGGCAUCAGAGGAUGGAGCCCUUGGACACACAGAGAACCACGUAGAUGCGGAAAACAGAAUUUGCGAUGGGGAAGGCCACUUGUUCACAGAGACGUACAAUAAUGGGAGUACAUCUACUAGUUUAUCGCUGCACACCUCUCAUGUGACAGACGCAUCACUCCCUGCUGCCUCCUGCACAGCAGACUCAGAAGACUGGGAAUCAGGCUCCAAAGACACAGACAUUCAUGAGGCCUCUAACAAUGUUGAGCCUCCUGAUGCAGCUCUGUUGUGGGACCCAGCACAGCAAGCACACUCCAAAGAGCCAUCUCAGCGAGGAGGCCCUACCGCUACAGGCAGACAGCAGACGGAGACAGAGACUUUAGAUGGAGACACUGACAGUCGAGACGAGGAGGAAGAUGGAGAGAAGGAGAAACAGGAUGAGGAGGACGAUGAGAAAAAUGAAAAGAAGUGGAUUAAUCAGCGUGCAGUAGGGAGAAAAGAGGUGGAGUCUUCACGUCACUACUCCUCCUCGGCCCCUGGUCCCAGCACCUCGUCCUCUUCCUCUACUCCACCUCCUCUUCUUCCCUCAGACGAUAUCCCCUGCCCUCCCCACGUCAUGGCCCAGGUUUGGGUACGCAACGUCAGGGGGAUGCAGGACAGCAAGAGCCUGGAUGAAAUCAGCCAAUCUUGUGGAGGUGGUUCAGGGGCCCGGGUAGGGGGCAGAGGUGGCCAGUCAGAGGGGCGGAGGGCCACAAUCUCCUCAGCUCUGGAGCUAGAAGGGACAGUCAGCCAUGAGGGUGACCUGACUCAUUUUAUCACCAAGAACCUGGAGCAGAAAAUAAAACUGAGCUCCAAGCCCAGUCUGGACUGCAGUGACUCGGACUGUUCAGGUCCCAUCUACCGCAGCCGGGGGUUGUCACGGAGACCAGCAGACAUCCCGCCUAUUGAUCCAGCUGUCCUAGUGGAUCUUCAGAGACACACUCAGGAAGUGGCGCACAGUGUGGAGAUGAUGAUGCGAAGCCUCAAUGGAACUAUCCAGAAUAUGACAGCUCUGAGUGUGGGCUACAUCCAGACCUACAGAGACUCAGUUGACAGCUUGGGGGAGUCUGUGGACAUGAGUAUAAAGGGCAUGUACACACUGAUGGCUCGCUGCGAGGAGUUGGAUCGUUCCAUGCAGCCCAUACACACCCUGGCAGCCCAGAUCCGUGACAUCAAACGCACCCUAGACGCUCUGGAGGCGAUCUGCAAGUAACCCCAUCUGUCCGAUUUGAAUACACGCCCCCAGCUGCAGAGAUCCAACAUGAAGCACAUCCUGACUAGGCUGCCUGCAAGUAAAACCACCUUUCUGCAGGUAGCACACACACACUGCAGCGAAGAUUGCACCUCCUGAUUCCUGGAACCAUUGCUACUAGGCAUGCUGGAUGAUUGGCUCUCAUAGUCCCGCCGCUUGUUCAUCAUUUGAAGAUGACCAUGUUUGUUCAGUGAGAUUCCAACUGAAUAGCGAUUGAUUUGCCCUCGGGGUUGAGAAAUCUCUUAUUUUCUUUUUUAAAGCCACCCUCACUUCCUCUUACAAAGUUGUCGUUAAACAAAAUCUCACAAAGAAACCCGUUUUGGAGCCACCUGGUCAAGUGCCCUGAAUACACACACACACACACACACACACACACACACACACACACACACACACACACACACAGACGCACACACACAGACACACACACGUGCCACACAAACACACAUACAAACAGAUCCUUGAAGAUGUGUUUACAGUCUGAGGAGGAAUAUUGUCAUUAUCCGUCCAGCCCGCUUUGUUCAGAUUGCACUAACCUUUCCUCCCCACAUGGGGGCGAUGUUUCUCUCUCUUGUCUCUCUCUUCGCUUAUGAAGAGGCCAGUAUGAACUGCACAGAAGACAGUGACUUUUGCACAGGAACAGAAAGUCUAUUUUUUAAUCUUAUGCAACAAAGAUCAGAUUCUUUUCACUGCAGGCUUAGUAAGGGGAGGGGAGCAGAAAUGUCUGUCUGUCUUAUUUUAAUGUUUAUUUAUUUCGUCAUGCUUGCUUUUUCAACUACACUGCAUCUACACUGCUACUCUGUGUCACUGGGAACUGACCAGUACAGCCAGAAUCUUUCCCACUGAACUGUCCCUCUGAAGCAUUUGGAGUUUAAGCUCAAAUGCUGCUUGAGGGAAGUAGUUGAAGGUAAUGAAAGUGUUUCACUUUUUCUACUCAGAUUCUGCCAUGUUAUCUAUCAAUUAAAUACUUGCAAACUUUAUAAAUCACAGGUCUGCUUUUGUAAUUUAAAGCUGUCCCCAGCCAGGUGUCUUACAACUUCACUUUCCUCCUCCUGUUGUGCAAUCCAAGAAGUUUUCGACCACAUAACUGGAAAAAUGUCUUAUUGCAUAUCACAACAUUCUCAAUGGCAUUAAAUAUUUGAAAGGCUUGGUACUUAUUUGACUUUCAAAUGUCAUCAAAGUAGAAACAUUUGAUAAAUAUAGCCAACCUGAAGACUUUCAUGAAAUCUGAACUUGGAAAAUGGAAUUUAGAUUCCAGGCAAUGGCACUUUGUUUGCCAACAAACUGCUUAGAGUGUCAUUAUUCUGUAAGUGAAAUGGAAACCAGCAAUGGUUUGCUUCUGCUUGUACUGAACAGUCACAAAGAAGCAACAGCUGCGCUUCAGUGUAGCAUGUCCUCGCUUUUGUUUUCUUCAACAUUGAUGGGAUUGUUUCAACAAAGGAAGACUCAACAUCGCUGGAGUCGGGAUUCAUUCCUUCGCAUGUGAACUAACUUGGACUUGAGUCACAUUUAAUUGAAGUGAGUAUUUAUUCAUUUACUCAAAGAUAAAAGCCUCUGAAAGACGGCAGUGUUGCUUGGCUGUUACGUUACCGACCUAAAGCCAUUUGCUCUCAUGGAGCUUUAUACUUGAUUUAAUGAAGAGACUGUGGUGCGUCUGUCAUUGCACUGGUGGGUGGCCUUGCAGUAGAUCAUUGUACUAUUACUUUUACAUACACCUAUUACUGAUGGCAGCAAACAUGUCAUAUGGUGGAUUUUGGGAUAUUCAUCUACAAACUUUUAUCAAAGCAAUACUGGAAGCAAAGUAGGUACACAUUUUAGCCUUGGUUCUGCAUUGUAAGCUGUUAAUGUGUUUUCACCUCUGUGGGAAAGAUGUUGUAAGCUUGGAUUGCAUUUUGUGUAAAACCUGCUCCUCGUCUCACUGUCGCUUUCCUCAACCUUGUUGGCAAAGGUUUGUUUAAUUGUCGGGGGAAAACAUCAAAGAAGAAGGGCUGCAUCUUUAAAAAGCUUACAUUAAAGAAUGGAAUGAUCCUGCUUCCCUUGAUUAUACUGGAAUUUAAUCCAACAUGUCUGUGGUUGUAAAGAUGUUAAUGCAGAUGAAAGUAAAUGUCCAGAGAGUGGACGUUUGGGAGUCUUAGUAGAUUUCUAAGGUAAGAAAUGAUCCUUGAGAUGGGAGAUAGGAGAGAAAAUGUCCUUGUUCAUAGUGUAAAUGUAUGAUUAAUUCAUUUUCUGUUGUACAAUCAGAUGAUGCACCUGUGUAAAUAUGAUCUCUUUCUGUAACUAAAAAACAAUUUAGAUACCCUUGGUCUUGAGUGUAUAUUUUAAUGAAAAAUAACAAAUAAAUUUACAUGA